AUGGCGUGCUUGUUGGAGGCCCCUCUCCGCAUCAGUGUGCUAUCUGAAGUUACUGCCACCAGCCGGCAUUAUGUUGAUCGUCUGUUCGAUCCAGAUCCAGAGAAAGUGCUGCAAGGUGUCAUUGACAUGAAAAAUGCUGUCAUUGGAAACAACAAGCAAAAAGCAAAUCUAAUUGUCCUUGGAGCUGUACCAAGAUUACUUUACCUACUACAGCAGAGCUCGUCUAGUCUGGAGCUGCGAACAGAAUGUGCUAUAGUCUUAGGCAGCCUAGCCAUGGGUACAGAAAACAACAUCAAGUCUCUAGUGGACUGUCAUAUUAUCCCUGCUCUUCUUCAAGGCCUGUUGUGUCCUGACCUUAUUUUCAUUGAAGCCUGUCUUCGAUGUCUUAGAACGGUUUUCAUAAGUCCGGUUACACCUGUGCAGCUGCUUUAUACAGACCCUACUGUGAUUCCUCAUUUAAUGUCCUUACUUAGUCGUUCAGAGAGAACACAGGAGUAUAUCACCCAAAUUUUCUCCCACUGUUGUAAGACUCCAGAGCACCAAACGGUUCUUUUUAAUCAUGGUGCUAUCCAAAACAUUGCCCCGUUACUAAUAUCCCCUUCAUAUAAGAUUCGGAUGCAGGCAUUAAAGUGUUUCUCAGUCCUAGCUUAUGAGAACACUCAGGUCUCCUUGACACUAGUGAAUGUGCUGGUGGACGGUGAGGUUCUUUCUCAGGUAUUUGUUAAAAUGAUGCAAAGGGAUCGUCCCAUUGAAAUGCAGCUAACAUCAGCAAAGUGUUUAACAUACAUGUGUCGAGCUGGUGCUAUCCGGACUGAUGACAGCUGCAUAAUAUUAAAGACAUUGCCAUGCCUGGUUCGAAUGUGCAGUAAGGAACACCUGUUGGAGGAGAGGGUAGAGGGGGCAGAGACACUUGCUUAUCUGAUGGAACCUGAUGUGGAGCUGCAAAGGAUUGCUAGCACAACAGACCACCUGGUCACAAUGUUAGCCGACUACUUCAAAUACCCCAGCUCAGUCUCUGCUAUUACAGACAUCAAACGGCUUGACUAUGAUCUAAAACAUGCGCAUGAGCUCAGACAAGCUGCUUUUAAACUUUAUGCCUCAUUAGGCUCCAAUGAUGAAGAUAUUCGUAAAAAGAUAACAGAGACAGAGAAUAUGAUGGACAGAAUCGUCAGUGGCCUCUCAGAGUCUAGUGUCAAGGUUCGCCUCGCUGCUGUUAGGUGUCUUCACAGUUUGUCGCGUUCAGUGCAGCAGCUAAGAACUAGUUUCCAUGAUCAUGCUGUGUGGAAACCUCUUAUGAAGUUAUUACAAAAUGCUCCGGAUGAAGUUCUUGUUAUGGCCUCAUCGACACUAUGCAAUCUACUUCUGGAGUUCUCCCCCAGCAAAGAGCCCAUCCUGGAAUCCGGGGUUAUAGAAUUACUAUGCAGUUUGACUCAGAGCGACAGCCCUGCACUGAGAGUCAAUGGGAUCUGGGCGCUGAUGAACAUGGCGUUCCAGGCAGAUCAGAAAGUUAAAGUGGAGAUUGUUCGUUGUCUCGGAACAGAACAGUUGUUCCGUCUUCUGUCUGAUCCUGACACCAAUGUAUUAAUGAAGACACUUGGUCUGUUACGAAACCUGUUGUCAACACGUCCUCAUAUAGACCAGAUCAUGAGUUCCCAUGGAAUGCAGAUUAUGCAGGCAGUGACCCUGAUACUGGAGUCCGAGCAAAGCAUUGAGGUCAAAGAGCAGACAAUCUGUAUUCUAGCUAACAUUGCUGAUGGUAACACGGCCAAGGAACUAAUCAUGACCAAUGAUGACAUGCUGCAGAAAGUCAAAUACUACAUGGGUCAUUCAAAUGUGAAGCUGCAGCUUGCUGCCACUUUUUGUGUUUCCAAUUUAAUUUGGAAUGAAGAAGAUGGUUCCCAGGAGCGCCAGGACAAGCUCAGAGAAAUGGGCUUUGUGGAUAUCCUGCACAAACUUACACAGGCCUCUGAUCCUAACGUCUGUGAGAGAGCAAAGACUGCUAUGCAGCAGUAUCUGGCAUGA